UGUAAGUGUGUGUUGACUUGUUGAGUGUUCAGUUCUUAUCUGUAGUCAUUUAUUUGAGCUGUGUAUCACGUGUGCGCUAUGCGUGUUUUGUGUCUAUAAAAUGAACAAACAUUAUUAGUACGUAUCGAUUUUUAAGCAGUUUUUAACAAAAAUGAAUUACGACACCGUAGUAGUGGGCCUGGGAGCUGCUGGAGUCACAGCUGCUGUCACAUUAGCUAAAGCUGGAAAGAAAGUGUUGGCUCUAGAAGCAUCUGACAGGAUUGGAGGUCGAGUGAAGACCGUCCAGCUCGGAGAUGGUGUUGUCGAGGAAGGCGCUGAAUGGAUACACGGAACUGUUAAGAACUGCAUCUACGAGACGGCCGUUAAGAAUAACAUCACUGUGCUAGCUCAUAACAUAGACAUGGACAUAUUCAGAUCAGAUGGAAGCAAAGCUGAUGGCGAGAUAAUCAAAGAUUUAAUUUCAUUUUGUUUGGAUUGUAGAACGAAUAGUGCGCCAGGAGAUACAGAGCUAAGUCUGGGUGACUUCAUAAUAAUGAGACUGACACAAUAUUUGGAAGGAAAAUACCCUCGUUUAACAACUGACAGAACUUUUAUAAAUGAUUUUCUGGAUUUCAUGAACUUAGUAAUAAAUAACUAUGAAGCAGCGAAUGAUUGGAAAGAGGUCAGCAUUCAAAGUUCCUACGAAGCCUGUCCUGGAGAGCAACAUAUGAGUUGGCACAAAUACGGUUACAAAACUUACUUUGAACUUUUGCUGAAUACUUACAAUAACGGACCCGGUCUACCAAACCUUGACAUAAAACUGAACUCUGAGGUAGAGGAAAUAAAAUGGCCUCACGAUAGCAGAGCUAAUGUCGAAAUUACCAUUAAUGAUGGCAGUAUUUUUAGAUCUGACAAUGUAAUAGUGACGGUCUCAUUGGGAGUUCUAAAAGAAAGAUAUACAACAUUAUUUAACCCAACACUAGCCGGGGAAAAGAUAUCAGCAAUUAAUAAUAUUUCAAUGGGCGUCAUGGAUAAAAUUAUACUAAAGUUUGACAAACCAUGGUGCCCUCAUGCGCCAUCCUUUAAAGCAUUAUUUUGGAAUAAAGGAGAUAAAGAUAAGGUCCCUGAAGAUGAUGUUUGGAUAACUAAGGUAUUUGCUGCAAGUAACCCGUUGGGAUCUUCAAAUGCUCUGACAUUGUGGACCAGUGGCGAUGUAGCCAAGCUGGUUGAAAUCUUGCCGGAAGACGUCGUGAAAAGUAAAUUGGUAGAGUUGCUUCAGAAAUUUAUGGGAACAUAUUAUGUCAUUCCAGAACCAACUGCAAUUAUAAGAUCUACUUGGUAUUUAAACCCACUGACACGCGGCAGUUACUCAUACGACAACAUGCUAACACCACUGUAUCCAGAUCUUCGGUCAGUUCUCGCAGCCCCAUUACUUGACACAUCCGGCCGACCUCGGGUGUUGUUCGCUGGCGAAGCGACUAAUACAAAGCAUUUCUCUACAGUACAUGGUGCAAGUGAAACAGGCUUAAGAGAAGCUAAACGACUUCUUCCUAACAGCAAAAUAUAAACUAUUUCUUGUGAAUAUUAAAUAGACAAAGUAUAGAUAAGUCUGCUGAAUCAACUAAAUAUUAUGCAAUAUGAUGAAGCUAUAAAUCCUGAUAUAAAAAGUGGCAAUGAGUUUUUUCAUAUCAAUUAAAUUAAAUUUAAAUGUUUUCAAUAUGUGACUUUGAAAUCUCUGCAAUUUGUUGAAUAAAUGAAUUUAUGAUUGUUGAUAAGUCAAUCCUUUACCCAUAUUUUUAUUGAAUGAGCAACACUUUAAUCAAAUUUGCAGCUGUGUUUAUGAGUGAAUUAUAUUAUACAAUGAAAAAUAAUCUGUGAAUGAUUCAGCCUGGAUACAUUUUAAAAAUAUAACAAUAUAGGAAAAUGAAACGAUUUUGCCUCAAAUUAUUGAUUUUGCGUGUAUCAAUAAUUUAUUUACUUACACUUUACAACUCAUAAAAAACUGCUAAAUGUAAACAAUAAAAGUUCAAACU